AUGCUUCAUAUUGCAUGCUUGAAUAAUAAUAUUAAAGUGGUUGAUAUGCUAAUAUCACACGGUUUAAAUAUAAAUGAUCAAAUGAACUUUGUGCACUUAACCCCUCUUAUGAUUGCAUCAGAAAUGAAUUAUAAGGAAAUUGUUGAACUUCUGAUAUCACGUGGUGCAAACAUCAAUAUACAAGAUACGCGUGGGAAUAAUGUUAUUCAUCAUGCCAUAACCCAUUAUAAUAAAGGAUUAAGGGAAAUAGUUAAUAAUCAUACGUAUUUUGUAAAAUUAAGUGAAGAUUAUAUUAAUUCUUUUGAUAAGGGAAGAAAAGUCAAUGAUUUGAUUGAACUUCUUCUGUCGAUUGGUGCAGAUAUCAAUGCCAAAAAUCACCGAUUGGAUUCACCUCUACAUGUCGCAUCAUUUGAGUUGAAUAGCGAAAUCGCGGAAAUGUUAAUUUCUCAUGGUGCCAAUAUAAAUGAUUUAAAUGGAUUUGGAAUGACACCUCUUGAUGUCGCAAUUCAUCGUGAGAAAGAGGCUAUUGAUCCUCUUGAUAUUUCACAAAAGGCGAACAAAAUUCAGAAUCUCUUAAGAUCAUAUGGCGGAAGAACUAAAUUAUACGGUCAAGCAAAUUCAUUCAUUCCUUAUUUCGUUAUUGUGAUAAUAAUUAUAGCUUUAAUAAUAAGCUUUCUAUACUUCAAUCCGUUUUGGGUCGUUUCUGAAUUAAAUAAUGUUUGUAAAAAUGGACAUGAUUUUUUUUCUCAAUGCCUUCAUAAGUUAUUUUAUUUCUGA